GAAUAAUCUCUGUGCAUCGUGUCAGUCAAGACUGCUGCUGCUGUGGCAACCGACUGAGUGAGUAAUGGAGUACCUCUUCAGUGGUGUGAAUGAGGGAGACAUGGCAGACCACACCCCACCCCUGGAGUCUGGCCAGCUUCUCAAUCCUGAACUCCCAAUCCUAGCCUCACCACCUCCCCCAGCCAUGGUUAACGGGGAUGGACCCCAGCAGGUAAUCCUGGUGCAGGUAAACCCAGGUGAGGCCUUCACUAUUCGACGAGAGGAUGGUCAGUUUCAGUGUAUCACAGGUCCUGCUCAGGUUCCCAUGAUGUCUCCAAAUGGUUCAGUGCCUCCAAUCUAUGUGCCUCCUGGAUAUAUUUCACAGAUCAUAGAAGAAAAUGGAGUGCGGCGGGUUCUGGUCUUACCUCAGCAACCAGAGUUCCACCCAGGGGGCCACUCCCCUCUCCACCACCCUCCACCCCCACCCCAUGCCCACCUGCCUGCCUUCAUCCCACAUCCUGCCAUGAUGCCCCCGCCACCCCACUUGUACACAAGUAUGGCAGGGGGCGUGGGCGGCAUGGGGUCUCACCAGUAUCAUCCAGCUCAUAUUUACUCAGAGCAGGAUUCUCACUCCCAACAUGGACGCCCACCAUUUGUUCACAGAGACGACAGAACUAGCAAAACAUACGAACGUCUGCAGAAGAAACUGAAAGAGCGUCAGGGAGGCGGAGGGCCGUUGAAAGACAGCCCUCCCUCUUCACCACGGAAAACUUGCAGCAGCCCCCCAAAGGUGGAUGUUCACAAUGGCAUUGGGGGCAAAGGGCUGGAGGUGGAACAGGGGCAGCUUAGCAAUGCGCUGGCUGGCCCUGACAAGCAGACGGGCGGGGGAAAAAGUGGAGAAUCAAGAGAGCUUGACGAGGAAGCUCAGGCCCUGCAAGCUCUCCUGAGUACCAUCAGUAAACCAGUGGUGUCAGACAUCCAAGCCAGAGGAGUAGUAGUGAGCUGGAGUGCACCCACCGAGCCAGAGAGUGAGAGCAGCAGUGUGGAGAAUGACCGCAGCCCCCUGGAGCCGCUCAGCUACGAGGUCUCCAUCUCAUUCAGUGGCAAAGAUGGGAAGUUCAAGAGCGUGUACUGUGGGGAAGAACUAAGUGCUACUUUAGAAGACCUUCGACCAGCAACAGACUAUCAUGUCAGGGUCCAGGCCCUGCGCAACUGUUUACAGGGAAGCCCAUCUGAGGCUGUGAGCUUCACUACUUUAAGCUGUGAGCCGGAUCCUCCCAACCCUCCCAGGAAGGCCAGCGGGACCAAGAACUCACUCGUACUCCAAUGGAAGGCUCCAUGUGACAACGGUUCCAAAGUCCAAAACUACGUCCUUGAGUGGGAUGAGGGGAAGGGCACUGGGAUUUAUGCACAGUGCUACUAUGGGCCUCAGAAGCAGUACAGAGUGACCAAGCUUUCACCAGCUUCAAGAUAUUCCUUCCGUGUUGCAGCCAAAAAUGACAUGGGUGUAAGUGAGUUCAGUGAAGUGGUGGACCUGUUCACCUCAUGCAGUGUGCCAUUGCCACCCUUCCCUCCAGAGCUGGAGAUGGCGGGGGUGACCUGGCUGUGUCUGAAGUGGCAGAGGCCCACUAGCUCUCCAAAAGAAGACGACAUCUUCUAUAUUUUGGAGAUGGAGGAGGAAGGCUCGGGAUAUGGCUUCCAGCCAAGCUACGAUGGCGAUGAGCUCUCCUGCACUGUCAGGAAUCUCCACAGGAGUACCAAGUACAAGUUUAGGGUGGCGGCAUACAACUCAGAGGGGAAGAGUAACCCUAGCCAGGUGGUUGAGUUCAUCACGAACCCAGACAGACCCGGCAGUCCCUGCAGGCCUGUCAUCAGAGGAAGAGUCUUGCCCAACAGCUUCAAAAUGGCCUGGGAGCCCCCAAAAGAUAAUGGUGGAGCAGAAGUCACAAAGUACGUUGUGGAGCUGUCUGAAGGCUUAAGUGGCUUGUCAUGGGAGCUGGUGUACUCGGGGCCAGCGACGGAGCACGUGUGUGAAGGCUUGAAGCCUGGCUGCUCCUACCAGACACGAGUUUACUGCAUGAGUGAGGGGGGCCAGAGCCCGCUGUCAGAGACCCUGCAGGUCCAGACUCCCGCGGUGCCCCCAGGGCCCUGCCAGCCCCCUCGGCUGGUAGGCAAGCCCAAAGCCAGGGAGGUGCAACUGCGCUGGGGUCCCCCUCAGGUAGAUGGAGGCAGCCCGGUGUCUUGCUACAGUGUAGAAGUGAGUGGGUCACAGUCUGAGGAGAGCAGGGAGGUUUACCAGGGCCCAGAACUGGAUUGCUUUGUGGGAGGCCUACUGCCUGGAAAAACCUACAGUUUCCGACUCAAGGCAGCGAACAAGGCUGGGUUUGGGCCUCCUUCAGAGCGUUGUGAGGUUGCAACUGGCCCGGGGGCCCCUGAGCAGUGCAGGGUUCCUUCCACCACAUGCAGAUCCCCCAGCUGUGUCGUUGUGAGCUGGGAGGCUCCUCCUUGUAAUGGAGCUCCGGUGACAGAGUUUCGUCUAGAGUGGGGAGCUGCCGAGGGCUGCAUGCAGGUGUGUUACAGCGGACCAGGGCUCAGCCAUGAAAUGAAGGGGCUGCUGCCUGCUACCAACUACUUCUGUCGGGUACAGGCAUCAAAUGUGGCCGGUGUGGGGCCCUUCAGUGAGGCAGUGUUGUGCCAGACACCCUGCUCUGUGCCUGCAGCCGUCAGCAACAUCUAUGCACUGAAGGAGUCCGAGCUGCAAAUUUACGAGACUCCAGUAGACGCAGAUGAAGACGAGGACAGUAGUUCUCUCUCACCACCGCUCUACUCUCCAUCUACCUGCCUGGGUAUUUGCUGGGACCCCCCAUGCGAUCACGGCUCUGAGAUCACUUCUUACCUAAUUGAUCUCGGAGAGCGCCAGCCCAUCGUCGUUGGUCCCGUCUCCAAAUACAUCAUCCAACAUCUACAACCUGACACCAGCUACAGGGUUCGAAUCCAGGCCCUGAACAGCCUUGGAGCAGGCCCCUUUAGUCACGCCUUUAAGCUGAAGACAAAGCCCCUGCCCCCACAGCCACCCCGCCUGGAGUGCACAGCCUUCAGCCACCAGACCCUCAGGCUCAAGUGGGGCGACGGCCCAGCCAAAGCCGUCACUUCGGAUGCUCUCCAGUAUCACCUGCAGAUGGAGGACAAGAGCGGCAGAUUUAUAUCCUUGUAUAAAGGACCAUGCCACACACACAAAGUCCAGAGGCUUAAUGAGUCUACCUCUUAUACGUUCCGCAUCCAGGCCUUUAAUGAGGCGGGCGAAGGGCCCUUCUCCAGUGUUUACACAUUCACCACCCCACGCUCUCCUCCAGCCCCUGUGAAAGCCCCUAAAGUGGAGCGUCUGGAUGACAACUCCUGCGAAGUCACAUGGGAGGCCCUGUCACCCAUGAAGGGGGACCCCAUUAUCUACACUUUGCAGUGCAUGAUGGGAAACUCAGAAUUUAAACAGGCCUACAAAGGCUCUGCCACAUCAUUCCAUGUCCAGAGCCUGCAGCCCAACAGCGAAUACCGUUUCCGGGUGUGUGCCAUCAGGCAGUGCCAGGACGCCCCUGAGCUGAGCGGCCCCUACAGCCCCACAGUGACCCUCUUCCCCCAGCGGAACGAUAUGGCAGUGGGGGGCAGCAUGGCCGGCUCAGGAUCCAGGGCUGGCACAGACUCCAUCCGAGCCAGACGAAGCCUGACAGAUGAGCAGUGCGCUUUCCUCCUCCUCAUGGUUUUCGCUGUCAUUGCCAUCCUCAUUGCUUUUGUCAUCCAGUACUUUGUCAUUAAAUGAGCGGUUUGCACCACCCAGCUGCAGGGUUAUAGCUUUAUUCUUCCCCCUUCUCUCUGUUUUGUAUUCUUCAUUUUGUACUUAACUGUUUUCUGUUGUCAACAGAGUAAUCACAUUAGCUUCAUUCGGGUGUAAGGGGAGGAAGGGCUGGUGAAUGAGAGCUGAACCACACUUAUAAAUUGAGAAUUUAACACCUUAUUUAGCACCUGCGAUACCUUCCUGUCAGCCACCCUGACUCUGUGGCAUCUGUUGUUCAGUUCAGAGUUCUGGUCCAUCAUGAUCAGUUUCCUGUGCAAAAGGAAUGCAGAACGAGCAGGGAUAUGGUUUAUUGUGAGAGGAGGGUCAGGAACAAGGGCGCAUUGGCUCUCGUGUGCACACGUGCCUGUGUGUGUGUGCAUAUAUAUAUGUAUAUGUUUAUAGAAAUAAUCAUUAUUUAUAUUUCCAUGUAUGUGUCCAGUAUGUUUUUGAUAGAUGUGUUCCAAAAAUAGUAUGUAGGUGUGUUAUUAGCCUAUGUCCUAUUUGAUUGUGGGACCUGGUGGGCCAGUGUUUGCACAGUGGUGCAUGUGUCUAUCCAGAUUUGUAUAACGUGUAUGUAGUUUCUGCCACAGAGGUACACGGGAGGGCUUCAGGGUCAGAUGAAGGAACGUAACCCCUUGCUGGAGUCUAAAGGGUCUAGUGAGUGAAGAAACAGAGAAUCUUGUUCACAUUAUAGAGCGUUCAUUUAGCACUUUCCAACCUUUUUGAUGUUCAGAAUGUUUCAGGAUGCAAAAAUGACUGGAGAAAUGUUAGUAUAUUUUUGUAUAGUGAAAACACAAGGACCUGUAAGUUUAAGAAGAAAAAACGUUCAGUGUAAAGCUAGAAAAGAAACAAAAACCAAACUAACAUUGAAUUCUAAUUAUUUUUACUAUCAUAUAGUUAUACUGUAGCUUGUUUUUACAAUCAUGCAGCUGCUUUACUCUGAAAUAUUGU